GGUUUCUGUAGGACUGGAUGGCGGCCAUUGUGAUAUAGGACAGUUGCUGCUCAACUCGGACAAGAGGAACAGUUCGAAAAGUUCAAGAACUGCUUCAACAUUGCCUGCCCAUUGGAAACACCCGAAUGGGCUGGAACAACGAGGUUGAUGGGGAUGUGGACCUGCAUUUCCAGUGCAUAUGAUUGGCCACACAGUACUUAAUUGCCCCUCCACCCCAAGUCAACUUUGGAUCUCUCCAACAGCCUGUCGCUUUUGCAGAACCAAACACCGCAAAAAUGGCCACUCCCAUCGUUGUACCAACCCCUCUCCUCGCCCUCCCUGAGGGCUGGACUGCCGAGAAGGACAUCAAGACCGUCGGCAAGCUCAGCGGUGCCACCCAGCGCACCCUCGAGCCAGUUGGUCCCUACUUCCUGGCCCAUGCCCGCCGUGCCCGCCACAAGCGCACCUUCUCCGAGGAUGACCGCAUCCAGGCUCAAGAAAGGGCCAAGAAGGUCGAGAACGAUGAGGAUAGCGAGAUCAGCGAGCCCGAGGAUCCUAUGAUGCUCGCCCGCGAUGCCAAGGACUGGAAGCAACAAGACCACUACAAGGUUCUCGGUCUCUCCAAGUACCGCUGGAAGGCUACCGAGGAGCAGAUCAAGCGUGCCCACCGCAAGAAGGUCCUCAAGCACCACCCCGAUAAGAAGGCCGCCGCCGGUCGCACCGACGACGACAACUUCUUCAAGUGCAUCCAGAAGGCCACCGAGGUUCUCCUCGACCCCACCAAGCGCCGCCAGUUCGACUCCGUCGACGAGGAGGCAGAUGUCGAGCCCCCCACCAAGAAGCAGCUGCAGAAGGGCAACUUCUACAAGCUCUGGGGCAACGUCUUCAAGUCUGAGGCCCGCUUCAGCAAGAUCCACCCUGUUCCCAUGCUUGGUGACGACAAGUCCACCAGGGAAGAGGUCGAGAACUUCUACAACUUCUGGUACAGCUUCGACUCCUGGAGGUCGUUCGAGUAUCUCGACGAGGAUGUUCCCGAUGACAACGAAAACCGUGACCAAAAGCGCCACACCGAGCGCAAGAACGCCAACGCCCGCAAGAAGAAGAAGGCUGAGGACAACGCCCGUCUCCGCAAGCUUCUCGACGACUGCUCUGCUGGUGACGAGCGCAUCAAGCGUUUCCGCCAGGAGGCCAAUGCCGCCAAGAACAAGAAGCGUCUCGAGAGGGAGGCUGCUGAGAAGAAGGCUGCUGAGGAUGCUAAGGCUGCCAAGGAGGCUGCUGAGAAGGCGGCUAAGGAGGCCGAGGAGAAAGCCAAGGCUGACCGUGAGGCCAACAAGAAGGCCAAGGAAGCGGCCAAGAACGCCGUCAAGAAGAACAAGCGCGUUCUCCGUGGCUCAGUCAAGGACGCCAACUACUUUGCCGAGGGUGAUGCUUCUCCUGCCACUAUCGAUGCCGUCCUCGGUGACGUCGAGCUCAUCCAGGGCAAGAUUGAGCCUGAGGAGAUUGCCGCUCUUGCUAGCAAGCUCAACGGCCUGAAGGUUGCUGAUGAGAUCAAGAGUGUCUGGAAGGCCGAGGCCGAGAGGCUCAUCGGUGCUGGCAAGAUCAAGGAGGGCGAGAUCAAGGCUUUCACUGCCUAGAUGUGGUGUUUAUAAGCGUUCGCGCAUGAGCAUAUGGAGGUGGGGUGAUACCAUGAUGACUGAUGGAUAGACAAAUAGAUGGCUUGGCCAACAGAGCGAAGAC